AUGGCAUUGUAUUUUUUUUCACAAGGUUUAAAUGAACAACAAACAUCGGAUAUUUUUAUCCUCAAUGAAGUUUACAAUUUUCAACAUGAAUGUCAAACAUCGGAUCAAGUGAAACCUAUACGAGAUGAUGAUAAUGCUAUGAGAAUGCAUGCUUUACUUGUCAAUGAACAAAUUUUUCUUGAAUACGAAAAUGUUUCUAAUUAUAUUGAUUUAAUUGAAAAACUACAUGACUAUUUCUAUAAUUAUCAUUUAUUUCAUCGCUCUCUUCAAUUGUAUUUAGCUGAGUAUCAAUUGACACGAUUCAAGAAGAUUGCAUCAAAAUAG